AGUACACCUUUUUAACUCACUCCAACACAUACUUUUUUUCCUCUUCCUAUUAAUCUCUCAAUUUCUCUAUUGUGUACGGAUUCUCCCUUCCUUUCCCUUUCCUUGAUAUCGACAAUGCCUUCCAGACUGUCGGACGCCUUUAGACCUCACCCUAUCCACGACUUCACCUCUCUCCGCGAACUACCCGACUCCUACGCGUGGAAUCAACGCGACGACGGCGGUUACCCUUCGGCCGCCGGAGAAGCCUUUGCCACCGAAUCCGUGCCGGUUGUCGAUCUCGACGACCCUAAUGCUCUUCAAAGUAUUGGCCAUGCAUGCAGGACUUGGGGAGUUUUCCAAGUCACCAACCAUGGGAUCCCCACGAGUCUACUUGAUAUGGUGGAGUGCACUUGCCGGACCCUUUUCUCUUUACCACUUCACCAAAAGCUUAAAGCCGCGAGAUCACCGGACGGCGUGUCCGGCUACGGAUUCGCCAGGAUUUCCUCCUUUUUCUCUAAGCUUAUGUGGUCUGAGGGAUUCACCGUCGUUGGGCCACCGGACGAGCAUUUUCGUCAACUUUGGCCUCAUGGUUACAGCAAUCACUGUGACGUGAUUAAAGAAUACAAUGAAGAAAUGAAAAAGCUAGCAGGGACGUUGAUGCGGCUCAUGCUGGGUUCCCUAGGCAUAGUUGCCAAGCAGGAUAUCAAAUGGGCUGGCCCAAAAGGUGACUUUAAAGAGGCCUCAGCCGCUUUACAGUUGAACCACUACCCGGCUUGUCCCGACCCCGAUCGGGCCAUGGGUCUCGCUGCGCAUACGGACUCCACCCUCCUCACCAUCCUCUUCCAAAACAACACUAGUGGGCUGCAGGUCUUCAAAGAGGGAGUUGGAUGGGUCACGGUCCCUCCGGUACCGGGAAGGCUUGUGAUCAACGUCGGAGACCUUAUGCAUAUACUGUCCAACGGGUCGUACGAUAGCAUUCUUCACCGGGCCAUGGUGAACCGUACCCGUCACCGACUAUCUCUAGCGUAUUUAUAUGGGCCACCAUCGAGUGUCGAAAUAUCACCGCAUCCGAAACUAGUAGGCCCAAAUCAUCCGCCUCUCUAUCGACCGGUUACUUGGAACGAAUAUCUUCACACCAAAGCAAAACAUUUCAACGAGGCACUGUCAUCAGUUAGGGUUUGUGUACCUCUAAAUGGGUUGAUUGAUGUAAACGAACACAAUAAUAGUGUAACAGUUGGAUAAGAGAGUCAUUUUUGUUAUAAAUA